AUGAUUCCAGUGGAAUUAAUAAUUAUGCAUUUUAUUAAUCAAAUUUUUAAUGAAAAUGUUUUUUACCAACUUUCAAAAAUUCAUAAUACUCAAGAAGAAGAACAAAUUGAAAUUGAAUAUAUAAAAUCAUCAAAAUAUUCAUCUAAAUAUUCUAUUUCAUCUGACAUAAAAAUAAAAACUGAAUUUAUUUUCAGUCUUUCUCAAACUAUUUUACAACAAGAUCAAAAUAAAACUAGUCCUGAUUGUCGUAUAUUUGAUAGCAUAGGUAUUACUUCAACCACAGUUAUAUCUGAAUUAUCAAAUGAUGACGAUACUGAUUGUUCAUCUUUUUAUUUAUUUCAUCCAUCUGUAAUGGAUUCUUCUUUUCAUCCAUUUUUAGAUUUAUUACUAGGUAUUGAAACAACAUUUCUUCCAGUACGUAUUCAAAAAUUCAUUUAUUCAAGUAAAAUAAAAACAAAAAUAAAUCAAUCAACAAACAUUGAAGUACGUGGAAAUUAUCAUGAUAAUAUAUGUGGUAUAGGUCAAGAAGAAAUAUAUAAUCUUGAUUUAUGGAUAUUUCCAAUGGAUAAUAAAAUAGAAGAACCAAUAUUUACAUUUGAGAGUAUUGUUAUUCAACAAUGUUCAACGUGUACAAUCUGGUCGAUGAUCAAUGGAAAAAACAGUUUAUGA